AUUAUGAAGAAAAUAUGGCUAGGUUCUGAAGGUUGGGUAUGGAAGAAAAUGGAAGCAGGACAUGCCUGGGGAGGAGAUACAACAAACCAUGUGGCCAUUAAGUACAGCAUUUUGGUUAGAAGGUAAUAUUUGGGAAGCAAUAAAAAUAUAUUCUCUGAAUAAAAUGAUGGACUGAGGUCUGGAUUUCUGAAAAAGCUAGUUCAGUGAAAGAUGGAGUACUUGCCUCCUCAUGGGAAAUUGUGGUCCCAUCAUGGGAAAAGAAGAAGUUAAAGGAGCCCAGGUAGGAAGAGUUGGCAAGAAAGGAGAAGGUAAUGACAUCACAACCAGCCAAGGUGAGUUUCUCAUCUCACAAUCGGUCCUUGGCUUCCCAUUGGCUAUCUAUGGGCCAAUUGAAAUUGUGAAUCUGAGUGUAUAAAAGGGUCCCUGUUAUGGGACCUAACACAGGUGCCUGGACGAGUUGGGGAUGCUAGAACACCUCAGGAUAACGUCAUGCCUGAGAAGCGAUGUCACCAAGGACCUUUGCCUCCCCGUGCUCGAACUCGAUCACGCUCCUCAAGGGCCCAACUGCAGUUCCCUGUGAGCCGUGUGGACCGCUUUCUGCGCCAGGGCCACUAUGCCCAGAGACUGGCCUCAGGGGCCCCUGUUUUCCUGGCUGCGGUGUUAGAGUACCUGACUGCUGAGAUCCUAGAGCUGGCAGGCAAUGCUGCCCGUGACAACCAGAAAACCCGCAUUGCUCCCUGCCAUGUGCAGCUGGCUGUGCGCAACGAUGCUGAGCUCAACCAGCUCUUUGGCCAUGUCACCAUCUCCCAGGGCGCAGUCUUGCCUCGCAUCCACUCAGAGCUGCUGCAGCCCACCAGCAAGGCCCGCAGCAGCCAGUGCCAUGUUGGACAGUCCCAUACUUAUUCGAUGAAGGCCAAGUGAGCCAGCUUGGAGAGAGCCCAGAAUCUUAUGCAGUAAACACUUCUGUUCUCUGGGUCUUCCAAUUUCAUCACCCCGCAAACCUAUUAAAAGAGAUUAAAUCCAAAACA